AUGUGGUUUCCUGCCUCUUUUCUUCUGUCGGCCCUUGCUAUACCACAGGUCCUCGGGGCUUCCGUUCCGUCCACCUCAAAUCCUAAAGGAUGCGUCAACAGUCCGACCAACCGGGCCUGCUGGCGAGACGGGUAUAACAUCUCGACCAACUACUAUGAGGAGGUCCCUGAUACCGGGGUCACGCGCGAGUACUGGUUCAAUGUUGAAAAUACCACCGCCGCUCCAGAUGGCGUUGAGCUUCCUGUUCAAUUGAUCAAUGGCUCCUUCCCCGGCCCCACGAUCAUCGCAGACUGGGGAGAUACAGUUAUCGUCCAUGUCACCAACUCUCUGCAGUCUAAUGGAUCGGGUCUGCACUUCCACGGAAUUCGACAGAACUGGACGGACCAGAUGGACGGUGUCCCGAGUAUCACGCAGUGCCCCAUCGCUCCGGGACAGUCAUACACCUACAAAUGGCGUGCUGUGGAAUAUGGAACGGGCUGGUAUCACUCCCACUUCUACGUUCAGGCGUGGGAUGGUGUGUUUGGUGGAAUCCUGAUCAAUGGCCCUGCCACGGCCAACUACGAUGUGGACCUAGGCCACAUCUUCUUGAAUGAUUGGUAUCAUAAAACUGCGGAUGAACUGGUCCUAGAAUCCGCUACAAGUGGACCGCCCACUCCUCCCAACGGCCUAAUCAAUGGGACAAACACUUAUGGCAACAACGGUUCGCGUUUCGAGACAACCUUUGAUGCAGGUACCAGAUACCGCAUUCGCCUCGUCAACGCGGCAGCUGACAACCAUUUCCGCUUCAUGAUUGAUAACCACACCAUGGAAGUGAUUGCGGCGGAUUUUGUCCCCAUUCACCCCUACAACACCACACAACUGAGUAUUGGCAUGGGCCAGCGCUACGAUGUCAUUGUUACGGCUAAACAACUGAACAGCGGGAACUUUUGGCUGCGCGCAAUCCCCCAGGAGGCCUGCUCCGAGACGGAUGCCUUGAACAAUAUCAAGGGCAUCAUCCGUUAUGACAACUCUUCCACGGCAGACCCCACGACCUCGGCCUGGACUUAUACUGACUCCUGUGCCGAUGAGUCCUCCUCUGACCUCAUCCCUUACGUAGCCAUCAAUGCCUCGGACAAUUUUGCCUACAGUACAAGUGAAGAGGUCGCAAUCGAGGUCGCCUCGAACGCCUUGCUGUGGACCAUGAACAAGACCUCCUUCCACACCGAGUGGGAUUAUCCUACUCUGAUGCAUGUGGCCAACCACAACUACACCUGGGCAGCCAAGGAGCGCAUCAUCCAUCUCCCCUACCAGGACCAGUGGGUGUACCUAGUCGUCCACUCUCCCUUCGCCCAGGACCAUCCCAUGCACCUGCACGGCCAUGACUUCUGGGUUCUGGCUUCGGGCUAUGGUGAUUUCGACGCAACAAUGACCGACGCCCUGACUUUGGUCAAUGCCCCCCGGCGUGACGUGGCGAUGAUGCCCGCCAGUGGCUACUUGGUCAUUGCGAUCAAGACCAACAAUCCAGGUGCUUGGCUCAUGCACUGCCAUAUCGCUUGGCACACUUCUGAGGGCUUUGCGGUGCAGCUACUGGAGCGAGCCCCGGAGAUUAUCUACGACUACGAGACACUAAAUGACACCUGCGCCAGCUGGAAGAGCUACGUCGCGGCUCAAGAUGUCGUGCAGCACGAUUCUGGUGUUUAAAGGGUUGUGGUUGAAAG